GUGACUGACGUUACGGGGAGGUGCCGUGCGUUUCCUGUUGAGGAAGCACUCUCUCUCUCUGCAGCUGUACUACAAUGUCGGACUGAUUUCAAACAAUUAUAUCCAUAUUUGUGUUUCUUUUAUACAUUGUCUUCAGCCUUAACAACCAAAAAAUGGCAGACACUGGAAAUCGUUUGCGUAAGUUGCUGGAAACCCCUAAUUUUGAUCCUCAGUCGUAUGUGAAGCAGCUCUCGCAGCAGUCGGACGGUGACCGAGAUUUACAAGAACACCGUCAAAAAAUACAAACACUCGCCGACGAAACCGCACAAAACCUGAAGAAAAAUGUUUAUAAAAACUACAGACAGUUUAUUGAGACAGCCAAGGAGAUUUCCUACCUGGAAAGUGAGAUGUAUCAGCUCAGUCACAUUCUCACUGAGCAGAAGAGCAUAAUGGAGAGCAUUACACAGUCUCUCCUGUCCACAGAUAAAGAUGAAACAGCCAAAGAGAUGCUCACAGCCUUCCCAAAGGAAACAGAAGAGGUCAAACAAAGAACCCUUACCACACUUUUGGAAAAAGUGGAGGGAUGCAAGAACAUCAUGGAAACCCCAGGCAGAUAUCUGGUCUAUAAUGGUGAUCUUUUGGAGUAUGACGUAGACAACAUGUCGCAGAUCCAAAAGGUCCAUGCGUUCCUGAUGAACGAUUGCCUGCUAAUUGCAACCUGGUUGGCAAACAGGCGCGGAGCUGUGAAAUACAAAUACAAUGCAUUGUAUGAUCUGGAAAGCUUUGCGGUUGUAAAUGUAAAAGACAACCCUCCGAUGAAAGACAUGUUCAAAAUCCUCAUGUUUCCAGACAGCCGCAUCUUCAAAGCUGAGAACAGCAAAAUCAAGAAGGAGUGGCUGGAGAUCCUGGAGGAAACAAAGAAAAACAAAGUGGCAAAAGACAAGCACAAAAAGGAAGAGGAGGUGCCAACGUCCCCAGUCAGACAGGAAGUCUCCACAAACCCAUUUGAUGAUGAAGAACCUCUGGAUUCAGAGGAGCUGGUGGAUCUGAGUCCCGAAUGGAUCCAGGAGCUUCCAGAAGACCUUGACGUGUGCAUCGCUCAGAGAGACUUUGAGGGUGCUGUUGAUCUUCUGGAUAAACUAAACGAAUAUCUGAAGGAGCAACCAGUGAGCCCACGGGUGAAGGAGCUCAGGGGGAAGGUGGAUGAGCGCGUUCGACAGCUGACGGAGGUUCUGGUGUUUGAACUCUCACCUGAUCGCUCUCUCCGCGGAGGACCUAAAGCCACACGGCGAGCCGUAUCCCAGCUCAUUCGGCUGGGCCAGUCCACGAAGGCCUGUGAGCUCUUUUUGAAAAACAGAGCAGCGGCCGUCCAAACCGCCAUCCGUCAGCUUCGCAUCGAAGGAGCCACGCUGCUUUACAUCCAGAAGCUCUGUAACAUCUUCUUCACAAGCCUACUGGAAACUGCCAGGGAGUUUGAGACGGAUUUUGCGGGCAACACUGGCUGCUACUCUGCCUUUGUGGUCUGGUCUCGUUCGGUGAUGAAGAUGUUCGUAGAUGCCUUCAGCAAGCAGGUGUUUGACAGCAAAGAGAGCUUGUCCACCGCCGCAGAAUGCGUGAAAUUCGCAAGCGAGCACUGCAAGCAGCUGAGCGAGAUCGGCUUGGAUCUGACCUUCAUUUUACAGUCUUUGCUUGUGAAAGACAUCAGGGCAGCUCUACAAAGCCAGAAAGACAUCAUCAUAGAAGCAACGAGGCAUCGUAACUCUGAGGAGAUGUGGCGUAGGAUGAACCUCAUGACUCCUGAAGCUCUGGCAAAACUCAAAGAUGAAAUGCGAAGCUGCGGGAUAGGCAGUUUCGACCAGUAUACAGGCGAAGACUGCUGGGUUAACCUGAGCUACACCAUUGUGGCCUUCACCAAGCAGAUGAUGGCCUUCCUGGAGGAAGGACUGAAGCUAUACUUCCCAGAGCUGCACAUGGUGUUUCUGGAGAGCCUGCGGGAGAUCAUACUGGUGGCGGUGCAGCAUGUGGACUACAGCCUGCGCUGCGAGCAGGAGACAGAGAAAAAAGCCUUCAUUCUACAGAACGCAUCCUUCCUGCAUGAGACGGUGCUUCCUGUUGUGGAGAGGAGGUUUGAGGAGGGAGUGGGGAAACCAGCCAAACAGCUCCAGGAUCUGAGGAAGAGCUCUCGGCCUGUCAGAGUCAACCCCGACAGCACCAUGUCUGUUGUUUAAGAGAGACGGGGUGAAUGUGAAUUAAUGAGACUGCUAAUGCACUACCACAGAGGUCUUCAAAUCUCAACACAUUUCACUGAGUACACUCAUAUGACUCAUUUUUGUGUCGUGAUGCACUCCAAACUCUCACACUCUUUAAAGGAAUAGUUCACUGGAAAUAAAAAUUCUGUCAUUAUUAACUUGACUUCACGUCAAAGCUUUAUGUUGUUGUACAUGGAACACAAAAGGAGAAUUAAAAAAAAAAAAUCUUACAAUUUUCAAAGCUUACAAUCAAGCUUCAAAAAAUGGCAAAAAAAAGCAUUAUUGAAAAAUAAAUAGUGAUUGUAUAACACUUACAUUGUAUAAUAGUAAGUGUGCUUUUGAUUCUUUAAUAACUUAUGUAUAUUGUAUAUUAUUAAAGUAAAUGAAAAUUAAUAUUGUUAAAAUAUAAAGAAUUACAUUUCGAACCAUUUGUCAUUUCAGUCAAGCAAAAAAACAAAUCAAAACUGAGGUAGAGAUGAAAACAUUAAUUUUUACUGCUCUCUUUUCACUGUGUUUAUUAACUAGUAAAGACAUUGUUUUGUUUAAGAAUGCAAGGUGCAUUAAACUCGCUCAAGGGUUAGUUCACCCAAAAAUGAAUUUUUUUGUCAUUAAUUACUCGCCCUCAUGUUGUUCCAAACCCACAAGACCUUCGUUCAUUUUCGGAAAACACAAAUUAAGAUAUUUUUGAUGAAAUCCAAGAGAUUUUAUUUAUCCUCAAUAGAAAGCAACAAAAUUACCACAUUCAAGGUCCAGAAAAGUAGUAAAAACAUUGUUAAUAUAGUCAAUGUGACUACAGUGAUUCAAUCUUAAUGUUAUGAAGUGACGAGAAUACUUUUUGUGUGCAAAAACAAAACAAAAAUAACGACUCUAUUCAACAAAUUCGUCAUAAAUUCUGUUUAUGUUGCAGCGCUUCCAGGUUCUAUGUCCAAACGCCGGGUCAGUAUUGGCCCGCUCUGGUCACAUGAGCAGCAUGACGUGUGUGAUGCUGAUGCAGGAGCCGGCCAAUACUGACCCGGCAUUCGGACAUAGAACCUGGAAGCGCUGAACUGCGUUCUGUAUACGAGACUGACAGGAGAGACGAAUUUGCUGAAUAAAGUCGUUAUUUUUGUUUUGUUUUUGCCACAAAAAGUAUUCUCAUAGCUUCGUAACAUUAAGGUUGAACCACUGCAGUCACAUUGACUAUUUUAACAAUGUUUUUUUCUACUUUUCUGGACCUUGAAUGUGGUAAUUUCAUUGCUUUCUAUUGAGGAUAAAAAAACAUCUUGGAUUUCAUCAAAAAUAUCUUAAUUUGUGUUCCGAAGAUGAACGACAUGAGGGUGAGUAAUUAAUGAUAGAAAUUUAAUUUUUGGGUGAUCUAACCCUUUAUACUAGCUGAACAUGAAUAUGUUGAAUUGACUUUAGCCUGUGCUCCAGAUGUCUAAGCUUUUAAAUGUAGUGCCCCCUGGUGUACAGGGAAUUGUUCAAUAAAAGUAAGACUUGGUUAAAAAAAUCCCAAAGCCAGUCUUGACAAUAACAUGGAGUUAUUAAAACUAUUCCCCUUUCAUCUGUUUUUCUUUCAUACUGCUGUUUCUGUUCUCUGUCGCACUGCAUAUCCUUGAUCAUAUAUUCACAAGAUCUUUUUGCAUUAUGUUUUUGUUGUUUUUUUAAACCCUCUUGACACAGACAGAAUGAUAAUACGAGGAAAUGGUGUGAUGUUCAUGAGACUUUAAUGCAUCAAUAAAAUCUAACUUCAUUAUUUGA